AAAGAAAAUAGAGUUAGUGCCGUGUAUGUGUGUAGGUGGUGGUGGUGGUAGUAGUGGUGGUGUUGGUUGUUGUUGUUGUUAUUGUUGUUGUUGUAGUAGUACAAUCGUGCCGAGGAGAAGGGGGACGUGCGCGACAACGACGUUUUGAAUUUCGCGCGCGCUUUUCUUAGGCGCGCGUCACGUGGCAAGAGAUCAUCGCGGCCGUUUCGUUUUUUCUUUGCUUUCUUUUCCUUUUUUUUUUCCUUUUCUUUUCUUUCUUUCCGUGAACCCUGUACGUGUACUCUUAUUACGGUGAGGAAGAACGUAAGAGGGGUCGCGUUGAACGUUCGAUGCUGACGAAUCGUGUUCUGAGGAGAAGAAGAAGAAGAAGAAGAAGAAGAAGAAGAAGAAGAGGAGGAGGAGGAGGAGGAGGAGGAGGAGGAAGAGGAGGAGGCCGUGAGGAAGUAGAAGAAGAAGAAGAAGAAGAAGAGUGUUCUCCCCUCUACCGGGCACGACACUCACGACGGUUCUUCCAAGCGUCGCGACGAUAAUAAACGUCGGGAAAGAGAUAAAGUUAAAGAGAGAGAGAGAGAGAGAGAGAGAGAGAGAGAGAGAGAGAGAGAGAGAGAGAGAGAGAAUCUAGAGUGCGCCAGCGCCAAUCCACCCUCUUUCUCUCGCCUUCUUCUUCGCCAACCACGUCGACGCGUAGGUAAAUGAGAGUUCAAGGUCAACCGAGCGGUACUCGACCUAACCUCCUUCGUCUUCGUCGUCGUCGUCGUACGAAAUCGGGAACCACGAGGACCGUUCGUCGUUCCCCGCCGCGUACUCCCUCCCUCUCGAGGAAGAGGAGGAGGAGGAGGAGGAGGAGAAGGAGGAGGAUAGAAGAGGAAUACAAUUUUCUCGCGACACACGCGUAGUGGAUCGAAAAGCUACGACGAGCGUCGUUGAAACAAAGUUAGUAGGGAGGUAGAGUAGAAACAGAGAAAGAAAGCUAGAGAGAGAGAGAGAAAGAGAGAGAGAGAGAGAGAGAGAGAGAGAGAGAGAGACAGACUGUCACGUUAUUUCGGGAACGCGCGAUCUAAAGUGCGUCGAGAUAUACGUUGAACGUAAAUAAAUAUACGUGCUCGUCGAGCUCUUCCACCGGCUCGCGUUCUCUUCCCUUCGAGAAACAGAAGGAGAAAGAGAGAGAGGGAGAGAGAGAGAGAGAGAGAGAGGAUCCUCGCCGGCGGUCGUACGUGCUACCCUCCGAAAGAGAGAGUGAGAGUGAGAGUAAGAGUAACAGUAACAGUAAGAGAGAAAGAGAGAGAGAGAGAGAGACGUUUUUCUUUUCUUUCUUCUUUUUUUGUGUUUUCUUUUUCUUCUCUUUACUCUUUUUUCUCUCUGGAAGGAAUCUGGAAGUUCUCCGAAAAGUAAACGAAAAGAGGAGAGGUGGUGGUGGAGGAGGAGGAGGAGGAGGAAGAGUAGCGAACGCGAGGGGAGUAGGACAAGUUGAAUGACGAGUUGGAAAGUAGGAAGGAUAGUAGGAACGAAUUUGAGGUGUUUUCGACGCGGUUACGUUGAAAAGUACUGGCAACCAAAUGCGCGUACCGCAAAUCCUGUUUCAUGUUCAUGUUCUGGAGCAAACGGACGGUGCUCACUAGACGUCUCCUAAAGGCGAAGGUCCGUGGGGAGCAUGAAACCGAGUGUGAAGCUCAAGAGGAUUCGUCACGUAUUCAUCGCACAAUCGACACGACCGGCGCCGGAAACGACACGAGCGGCAACGUGACGACUACGGCAGCGGCGGCGGGCCAAACGAGCAGAGGAGCGCGCGGAGCGUCGUCGGGUGGUAGAGGAGGAGGAGGAGGAGCAGGAGGUGGAGGAGGAGGUGGGGGAGGAGCUGGAGGAGAAAGAGGUGCUCGAACGUCGACAACGUCGAGUAGAUUGCAUCAAGGUUGUUGCGGUGGGGAUCAGAGUUACGACGAUGACGAGAACCCAAGUCGUUUGUUGAGGUGCAAGGAGCUCCUCAAAACUCUCAAGGAGAAUCAGCUGGAGAUGUUAUUGACCGCGAUAGAAAGCUGCGGCGCCGAUCUCGGCUCGUGCGUCCUCGUGCCGAGGCAACAACGGCCGAACGUACGCGGUAGUAGCGAUUCCGACAGCGAGUUGGAUACCGAUCAACAACGUCAAUCGGAGAAUCAACAGGACCAUCAAUAUCGUCGACCGGCUAAUCAAACGUCGUCAUCGGCUAACCAUCGUCAUCAACAUCAUUUUCAUCACGUGCAUCACCAUCACCAUUAUAACUUGCGAUACCAUCGAAGACGUCGCCGUUCGUCUCCCGAGUACGAGAACAAGGACGAGAAGGAGACACAGCAACGACAAAAACUGCGACAUAGCAGUAGCAGCUCACCCGAGGAACCCUCCUCUUCGAGAAGGAGAUAUUCCGUAAAUAGGGUACCUGUCAGAGGCUGCUCGGUCGAGAACGCAUCGAUGGAUCCUCACGUGCUCUGCUGUCAAAUCUGGCGAUGGCCGGAUCUCGUACCAUCGGACGAACUCAAGAGGCUUCCCAUUUGCCAUUCCGCUAAGGAUCCCUUCUACGUCUGCUGCAAUCCCUAUCAUUGGAGUCGACUCUGCAAACCCGAGUCGCCGCCACCCCCAUACUGCCUUAUCGCAGACAGGCUGAGACCAGAAGAUCGUGCGCCAAGCGAAGGGGAUCAACGUCGGUGCAAAAGCAGCACGCCCCUGCCACUUCCCGGCUCUCUUACCACCAACGGAGAAGGGGAGACCGAGCAAAAGGAAUGGUGCACGUUGGCAUAUUGGGAACUUGGUGGCCGUGUUGGUCGUCUUUAUCCGGUGGAACCGUUAACGGUGAACGUCUUCGAUUCUUUGCAUGACGGCGACGGUCUCUGUUUGGCGACGUUAGCUGAGAAUCACGUAGCACCGCCCUCGGUACAAAAGACUCGCAGCAAGAUCGGUCUCGGUAUCAUGCUGAGCCAAGAAGCCGACGGCGUGUGGGCGUACAACAGAUCGGAGAGUCCGAUCUUCGUGAACUCACCGACCUUAGACGACCCGGAAUCGCGCACGCUCUUGGUCUACCGAGUGCCACCGGGCUUUUGCUUGAAUAUAUUCGACCGAGCCAAAGUCAUCCAGCUUCCAUCUUAUACUGGAGGUGGGAAUUCAAGGAUUAUCAGUAGCAACAACGGCAACAACAAUGCACCUUCCGCUUUCUCGUCCGGCCCCGUCGACAUUAACUCCGUCCGCAUCAGCUUCGCCAAAGGCUGGGGACCUAAAUACUCCAGACAGGAAGUUACUUCUUGUCCCUGUUGGCUCGAAGUUCUCCUAGCACCGUGUAGGUGAUCCGCGAGUGACGAUAAUGUGACGAUAACGUAUAGUUCGCGGAUCUUCUUCUCAGUCUGUUUCUUCCUUCUACUUGUCCUCGGUUUUAUACCUGGUCGGAAUUAUCAAUUAACGAAAUAGAAGAAGACGAAGAAGAGGAAAAAAGGGAAGAGGAAGAGGAAGCAAGAAGAACGUCAUUAUGGUCAUAAUACGUUUCUAUCUGUUCCACCAAUGAAAUAGAACAUUUUCUUUUUUUUUUUUUUUCUUUUUUUUUUCUUUUUUUUUUUCUUUUCUUUUCUUUUCUUUUCUUUUCUUUUUCUAAGGAGAACGAGGAACAAGAGAUGAUAAUAAACGAUCCAGGACCAGGAGACAUCUUCUUUCUAUAUGGAUCUGUAUUUCUAUGAGCGAUCUGUCAAAUUCGUUUGUUCGUUCGUUCGUUCGUUCGUUUGUGGUAUAAGCCGGUGCUGUACAUAUGUAAUGGUGUGUACAUACACUGUGCCUUCUCAGCUUCCUUCCUUGGUGCUGCGCAUGCAAACCAUCCGUAGGAAAGAGUUAAAGGUGGUGCAAAACAUUGCGUCUCCUGAUACUCGAGUUUUUAUACAAAGGAAACAUGUCUGUUCGGUUUGAGAGAGAGAGAGAGAGAGAGAGAGAGAGAGAGAGAGAGAGAGAGAGAGAACGAGAGAGAGAGUUUCGUACUACAGUAAUACUUAUGUACUGUGAUAAGAGUUCACCGCAUCGUUUUUCUUUACUGCGAUCCUUGUGUCUUCUUCCUUACUAUCGUAAGAAAAGCAAAAAAUCAACGAAAAAAAUAAUCCCCUCCCCCCCAUAGGAUGAACCGAUGAACGCUCCAAGAUUAACAAGAAAACGUCAUUCUUUUUUGCAAGAUAUUCAAAUUGUACUACUAUUUUGUUUCUUUUUUUUUUUUCUUUUAUUCGUAAUUUUUCUUUUCUUUUUUUUUUUAUUUUUUAUUUUUUUUUCUGUUCUUCUUUUUUUUCUUUUUUUUUGUUUUUUUUGGGCCUAUUCCGAGGACACACGUGCACACAAUUUAAAUGGAUAGACAGAGAAACAGGGACAGGGACAGGGACAAAAACAAAGAGACAGAGAGAGAGAGAGAGAGAGAGAGAGAGAGAGCGAGAGAGAGAGAGAGCGACAGACGUUCUCUCUUAGUGUCGCGUUAUGUAUGUGUCGACCUAUUAGAUGUAAUCUUGCGUAGAGAAUGAAGAGAAAACAUUUAAUAAACAAACAAACAAACAAACAAACAAAUAAACAAACAAACAAACAAAAAAAAAUCACAAAAAAAACACAAAACAAAAAAAUAAACA